AUGACCAAUCGUAGUGGUGCAAUCACGAAACAAGCAUUUGGUCGUAAUGGAAUUCUUGGAAGUUUAUAUGAUAUUCGAUGUGAUCGAUUUGAAGGUGGAAAUUUAUUCAAUCGAAAAUUACCCUCAGACAUGAUAAUUAUAAGUGAUUGUGCAAAAUCUGAUUAUGUCAUUGAUGAAAAUCGAUCUCAAAAAGAAACAUUCGAUAAACUUAACAUUGAAGCUUCAUUAAAAUUAAGUCUUAUGGCUGGUUUAAUCAAAGUUGAUGGUUCAGCUAAAUAUUUAAACCAAACAACAAGUGACAAUCGUACAGUUCGAGUUACAUUUAUGUUCAAUGUUCAAACUAAACAAGAAUCUUUACAAAUAAGUAUGGCUGGUUUAAGUGAUUAUUUUUCAUCAAAUGCGUUCGAAAAUGAAAAUGCAACACAUUGUGUUAUUGGUAUAACGUGGGGAGGAAGAGUUGCAGCGACAUUUGAAGAAAUUUUGUCGAAUUCUGAUGAAGCCAAAGAUCUUCAAGGUCGUUUAGCAGUUGUUUUAGAAAAAAUGUCAGUUGAAGUCACUGGUGAUGCAUCAUUAACGUGUAAUCAUAAGGAAAAUUCGAAAUUGAAUUCAUUAAAAAUCAGUUUUUCUGGUGAUGUUCUCAUUGAAAAUAUUCCUCGUACAAUUGAAGAAGUUUUCUGUACAUUUAAACAAGUUCCAUCUCUUUUAACAAAGCUCAACGACGGAAAAGGACAACAACUCUCAUACGAAUUAUAUCCAUUGAAACGUCUCGCGGAAAUCUUCAAACUGGAUUUACGUAUUCAACGAAUUAUCAACGAAGUGACGAAUAACACUUUGAUUCGAAUUGAAAAUAUCUUCGAACAAAUCAUCAAAGGCAAACGAAUUAUGAACGAUUAUCUCGCGAAGAUUCAACCAUGGCGUAAUUGGCUUCCAUCGAAAUGGAUUGAAACGAUUUCAGCACAUAGAACAAAAUUAUAUGGAGUCGAAUCGGAAACACAACGAAAAUUGGCUUCUUUACUUGACGAUAUUCGACAUGGAAAAGCAGAUGAAAAGAUAAUGAUCACUUUAUUAGAUCAAUUUGAAGAAAAUAAUCCGUGCUCGAUUAUGUCAAUUAACAAUUUUCUUAAAGAAAAUUCUUUUAUUAUGACGAAAAUCGAAUGUUUGAGUGAAUUUGAUCAGAAUGUCUUAGAUGAAAUCGAUGACAAACGACAGAAAACACCCAAUCCAUCGAUUCUUCUACUAAAUAUGAAAUCCAUCGAUGAUUUAAUACAAAAAUAUUACGAUAAUCAUGUUUAUUUAUUACACAUUUCAAAUGAAUAUGAAGAGAAAACUCGAGCGAAUUGGUACAAACAAUUAAGAUGUUUCAAAUAUUUAUACAAACGGGAACGAAAAGGCGAAAGCAAAAAUGGAAUAUUUCAAGUGAUUGAUCAUGAUUUACAUUCAAAUUUGGAUGAAAAACCAAAUUCUUGUGUGAUUUAUUAUGCUCAUCAUGGUGUAAUUCAAACAAAAGAUUUUUCUCAAAGUUCAUUAGAAGAAUUACCGUUGGAACAAAGUCGAGAUAUUCGAGAAGAAUGUCGAUUUUUGACAUUGAAUAUCGAGAAGAUCGAACGAAUUCAUCAAGAUUUCAUCAAAGCACAUCCAAAAGGUGAACUGACUGGACAAGAAUUGGUUGAAGAAUUGACAAAAUUUUAUCCAAAAGGAAAUUUGAAAUAUUUCUGUGAUCUUGCAUUUCCAAUUAUUGACAAAGAUCGAAAUGGUUUAAUUAACUUUCGUGAAUAUAUGUUAAUCAUAUCAUUGAUCGUUCCAUGUGAAAUGGAACAGAAAAUCUCUUUGAUAUUUCAAAUUUGUUCACUGAAUAAAGAUCACAUUGAUCGUCAAAGAUUAAGUCAUUAUUUAGAAGCAGUGAUUCAUUUUCUUCAUCAACCGAAUUCAUCAGACGAACAGAAGAUAAAAUCCAUUGUAAAUCAAAUUUGUCAAUUUAAUCAUGAAAAUAACAAAGAAUGUCUCAUCAACAAAGAUCAAUUCAUUAUCUGUAUGAAGAAGAAUUAUGAAAUAUGUUUGUCAUUUUUACCUCCCAUUGUCUCAUUAUUAUCUUCAAAUGAAAAUCAAUCAAAAACACCAUGUAAAUACGGUUCCACUCAUGAUAAUCUUCUUGAUUCACAAUGUCAAUGGGAUGUCAAUUGUAUGGAUCAAAGUCAACAACAUCGAGACAAAUUUUCACAUUCAACAACACAUGUGAAUAAACCUUGUCGAUAUGGUGUUAAUUGUCUUAUACAAUUCUCAAAAGAUGGUUCGGAACAUAAUUCAAAAUUUUCACACCCGUGUCAAUAUGCUGAAUUUUGUACAAAACAUGAAAUAUAUUUAACUCACGAACCUCUUCGUGUUCCUCUAUGUCGUUACGAUGGAAAUUGUGAGAAAUUGAUUGAUCCUAUUCAUCGAUCGAAAUUUGGACAUAAGAAUUUACCGUAUUUUUUAAUUCCAUGUAAAAAUCAAGAAAAAUGUGUAGAUCAACGGAAAGAACAUCGAAUGAAAUAUUCACAUGGUGAAAAAGUGAAUGAUGUUGUAUCAAAUCAACAGAAACAAACGUGCAAAUUUGGAAUUCAUUUUGAUUUACACGUGUCGAAUAUGACGUCGACUUUAUUCGUUGGGAUAAUAACGGGAUUGGUUCUAAUUCUAAGUACUUUAUUAGGAUAUAUAUUUUCAUUUAUUCGAAUUAUUUUCCAAAAGCCGAUUAUUCCAACAGGUGCAAUUGAAAUUGAUGAAAAAGAACAUAUUUAUGCACAUCCAGAUUAUAGAGACAAGUUAUUAGAUGUUUCUUCAUUUGGUAUUCAAACUUUAUAUGAUGUUAUUUUACGUGGAAUUCAAUUGAGUGGAGAUCGACCACACUUUUCCUUCCGACAAUCAUCAGAUCAAUUAUUUAAAUCUUAUACUCACAAACAAGUAUUUGAAAUCAUCAAAGAAAUUGGUAGUGGUAUUGUUAAUUCCGGUCUCGAACCAUCGAAUGACACGAUUUUUGGUAUUUAUGCAUCACCAUCGGUUAAUUAUGCACUCUGUCUUUAUGCUGCAUGGCCAUAUUCAAUGGUACCGAUCGGUAUUUAUGAUUCACUUGGACGAGAUGGUGUAAAAUUCAUUAUAAAACAAAGUGCAGUCGAAUUAAUCUUUGUCGAUAAUAUUCAACGUAUUCAAAACUUAAUUGAAUGGAAAGAUGAAACAAUUGCUUUGAAAACUAUUGUUUGUUGUGUACAACCAUCAGAUGAAUUGAAGAAACUUGCCGAAGACAAACAAUUAAAAUUAAUCACAUUUGAACAAUUAAAAGAAUUGGGUCGAAAUAAUCCAAUUGAAAUAGUUCCACCGAAAUCGACCGAUAGAGCAGUUAUUAUGUAUACAAGUGGAAGUACAGGUGAACCAAAAGGUUGUGUUCUUAGUCAUGAAGGUUUUCUGUGUGGUAUAUGUGCAAUUCUUGUUUCGGUGAAUUUAACAAAAGUUGAAGUCGAAGAUAUUCCACGAGUUUUAAACUAUUUACCAUUGGCACAUGUAUUUGGUUCGGGAACGAUUAUUGGUAUAACAUAUCUUGGCGGAGAGAUUGGCUUUUGGCAAGGCAAAGUUGAGAAAUUGAUCGAUGAUUUUCGUGAUUUUCGACCGACUGUUCUCGCUAUGGUUCCUCGUUUAUUGAAUAAAUUAUAUGAUAAAGUUCGAGGAGAUGUACGGCAAAAAGGUCUUCUAAGUCGAAUUAUAUUUCGAUUGGCUAUUACAAAUAAAUUGGCAUUAAUUCGUCGUGGUUAUUCCGAAAAAGAUACUUUAUGGGAUAAACUUAUCUUUGAAAAGAUUCGUCAAUCAUUCGGAGGAAAAGUCAAUCGUGUUCUUUCCACUGGUGCUCCACUUUCACCGGAAGUUUGUCAAUUCUCUCGUGCUGCUUUUUCAUGUGUAUUCAUCGAAUGUUAUGGUCAAACUGAAUGUGUGAUCAUCUGUUCUCAAACAUUAAAUGAUUUCGAAUCAGGUGAAACAGGUAUUCCAACACCAGUUACACAUCUUAAACUCGUCGAUGUACCGGAAAAAGAAUAUUAUGCGAAGGAUGGAAUUGGAGAAGUUUGUCUGAAAAGUCCAACAUUGUUCUUAGGUUAUUUAAAAGAUCAAGCAAAGACAAGUGAAGCGAUCGAUGAACAAGGAUGGUUACAUACAGGAGAUAUCGGUCGAUGGACACCUUAUCGAACAAUUAAAUUGGUAGAUCGAAAGAAGAAUAUGUAUAAAUUAAGUCAAGGAGAAUAUGUUGCACCUGAAAAAAUUGAAGAUAUUUAUGCACGAAGUCAAUUCAUAUCACAAAUCUUUGUGUAUGGCGAUUCAUUCGAAAGUUUCCUCGUUGCAAUUAUCAUCUUAAAUGAUGAUUAUGUGAAACAAUGGAAAAUACGUGAAGGUUUUGAUAAUCAAACAACAUCAUCGUCAAUAAUGAAUACGAAAUUAAAACAAAUUGUACUUGAAGACAUGACAAAUGAAGGGAAAAAACGUGGAUUAAUGUCUUAUGAACAAGUUAAAGCAAUUGAAUUUAUUUCUGAACCAUUUACAAUUGAAAAUGGUCUUUUAACACCAACAUUCAAAGCACGAAGAUUUGUAAUUGAGAAGAAAUAUAAACCACUUUUUCAAACAAUAUAUCAAAGUAUUAAGACAUAA